GCAACUCUCAUCGCUCUCUAUUCAAAAGAGGAUGAUUUUGGCUUUAAUCCUGAUCCUUGGCAUUGGACUGCCCACUUCCAGGGGAUAUAGUUCAAAGGAUUUGCUUACUUGGAUGCAACACAGCAAUUUUGGCUAUCAGGUGCUACAACAGGCCUUGAAUGACAAUCAAUCUACGACGGCAUCGGAGGUUUCCUGUUUGGCAGAGGUUCGUCUGCUACUUCAAGGAGCUGAAUUCAAAUCCUUGCCAGCUUUGAGGGUUCUUGAUGCCUGGGGAAAGUUUCCACAAGGCCUCCUUUAUGGUCACUUUAUGGACAUGGGAAAUUAUGAAUCCUGUUUGAGUUUAGACCUCAACAAAAGUCUGGGCAACAAUAUAUCCAUAAAUGCAGGAGCCAAGUAUUGCCUAAGCCACAUAGAAUUUGAAAGUUUGCUUUUGGAAGCAGCAGGAGCAGAUGCCUUAACUUUGAGCAUUGGAACCUGUAUACCCUCAUCCUGUAGUGCCAAUCAACUCAGUCGAUGGCUACAAGAACAUCUACAGGAUAUGUUUGGUCAGAAUUCAACAGGAACUACUUUGGUUCAAGAACAGGAUUGUGCUUUAUCCCAUAAAGAACCCAUGAAUGGUCUGGACUGGUUUGCUGUUGCCAUGCUUAUCUUAUUGUGCACUUUGGUUUUUCUGUCCACCAUUUUGGAUUAUGGCAAAGUUUCAAACAAGCUACUUGGCACCUUUUCGCUUCGCCAAAAUCUUCCCCAAUUGCUUAAGACCUCGAACUCGCCCUCACCUCGUGUAAUUCCUUGUCUAAAUGGAAUUCGCUGCCUGACAAUUAUCUGGAUCAUACUUGGACAUGGCUAUAUGUACCUCCUAUUGGCACCCAAUAUCAAUUCCUAUGACAUUGUGGCCUGGGCUAAAACACCCUUCUCGAUGGCCAUGCAAAGUGGUACAACUUCUGUGGAUACAUUUUUCCUACUAAGUGGGUUGCUUUUGGUAUUGACCUCACUUCGUGAAUUGGAACGCACCAAAGGUCGUCUUCAUUUACCUCUGAUGUAUUUGCAUCGCCUGGUGCGAUUGACUCCUGUUUUGGCCUUGGCUGUGCUUAUAUUUAUGACUUUAUUUUCCCGCCUGGACAGUGGUCCUUUGUGGAAUCAGUUCACCAGCUCUUCGGAACUCUGCAAAGAUACUUGGUGGGCCACUCUGCUCUAUGUGCAAAACUAUGCUGCUCCUGGAAGGAUGUGCUUGGGGCAUUCUUGGUAUUUGGCUGUUGACAUGCAAUUGUAUAUUAUUUCGCCACUGCUGCUCAUUGCCUUAUAUAAAUGGGGCAACAAGGCAAUUGGAGGCAUUGUCCUAUUGAUCCUACUACUUUUUGGCUGCGUCUUUAGCAUAGUGAUGCUACGAGAACUUAAGGUCUUCGAUCGUCAUGGAAACCUAGGCGGCGAUAGCCCCGAAAUGCGUCUCAUUUACUACACCACUCAUGCCAGGGCCACUCCUUGGCUGAUUGGACUGCUUUUCGGUUACUUUUUGCACCACCAGGGUGGUAGGAAAGGUCGUCUGCCCAAGUGGUUGGCUUUGCUGCUGUGGAUCCUGGCCCUCUCCAUGGUGGCCACUGUAAUCUUUGCCGUAUAUCCGUAUACCCAAGACGGAGUGGAGGCGAUGAGCCCACUGGCUGGUGGCUUUUACUUGUGCUGCAGUCGGAUUGCCUGGCCUUUGGCCUUGUGUUGGAUCAUCUGGGCUUGCCAAAAUGGACAAGCUCCCAUUAUAAAUGAAUUCCUUAGCUGGACAUUCUGGCAGCCACUUUCCAAGAUAUCCUAUUGCCUUUAUAUAUGGCAUCUCUUGGUGGAAACGGUUCAUAUUGCACGGAUCAAGACUAGUUUGCACUUCUCUGACUAUGAUGCUAUCCUCCGUUUCUGGUCGGACUUUGGCAUUACCCUUUUCGUAUCCAUGUUUAUGCACUUAUUUGUGGAGGUUCCAUUGGGACGACUUGAAAUGGAGUUGCUACGCAGAAGCAAAAAACCUGAAGUUAAAUUUCAACCUCCAGUUGCAGAGAAUUUAAGUCAGACCAUUGGUGUUCCAGCCACUAGCAUUUCCCGCCAGAAUUUAGUCGACCCUUAAAAGAAGGAUUUUAUAAUUAUUAAGUUCAAAAUGAUGUACGCAUUGUAAGUGAUAUUGUGAUCAUAAACUGUAAGUUGUUUUUUAAAUUGUAUU